UAUUGGACAAUUUGUGUAGGUUAGGGAGUUUUCUAAUUGGGUAUCCACCGGUCGGCUUUGUGGGGUACGACUAUAGUUCAAGCUAGUUAUGGCUUUGCGCCUACUUGGGCAUUCCCGGCUAUGGGAGAGCUCAUCCUCUUCAAGGAUUAUUUCGGCAAAGGACCAUGCUUCUAUUCAAUUGGAUAUUGUUCGUGUUGAUCCAGUUACUGGACGUAUGAUUGAUGGAGAAGUGACACGUUAUGCUAUUUGUGGAAAGCUUCGUUUUAUGGGUGAAUCUGAUGAUUGCAUUUUACGUCUUGCUCAAAAAGAUGGAAUUAUUCCAAAUAAGAUGUAA